AUGAACGCAGCACGUGGUAUUGUUGAUUGGUUAGUGUUAAGGUGGUAUUGUUGGUGUUGCAGGUCUGAGGCGAGCUUGUUGCUGCGGCGGGUUCGUCAGGAGGAUCGAGGUCGAUACGUGUUCCACUUUUCAAACGCGUUCUUCAACGGCUCGCGGAUCGUCGACCUCCGGAUUUACCGUUCUCCCAGCGUGGAGGUCAGUCAGGAGAACGACACGCUGACCUGCAGCAGCUCCGGAUAUCCUCGACCGUCCGUCGUCUGGCUCACCUGCGCCGGCCUGCAGGACACGUGUGCGGACGUCUCCACCAAUCAGGUGUCUCCAACUGACGUGACCUCACAGGAAGAGGAGGAGCAAGUGAGCAACCACCUGACGCUCCCUCUGUCGACUGGUGAUGAUGUCACAGCGGAGUGCGUGGCCCUGAACUCUGUGGGCGUGUCCCGCCGCGCCGUCAGUCCUCGAAAAUCUGAGACUGUGUUCACUCCGGCUCUGAUCGGAGCGCUGAGCGCCGCCGCCGUCCUCCUGCUGCUCCUAUUGGUCGUCUCCUACAGCUGGAGAAAGAAACCGAGAUACGAGAUCCGCUGGAAGAUCAUCGAGAGCACCGACGGGAACAGCUACACGUUCGUCGACCCGACUCAGCUGCCGUACAACCACAAGUGGGAGUUUCCUCGAGACAAACUGCGACUCGGUGCUGUUUUGGGUUCCGGGGCAUUCGGGAAGGUCGUUGAGGCGACGGCGUACGGUCUGGGGACGGACGACGCCACGCGGGUCGCCGUCAAGAUGCUGAAACCGAGCGCUCACUCGGUGGAGCGAGACGCUCUGAUGUCGGAGCUGAAGAUCCUCGGCUAUCUCGGUUACCAUGACAACAUCGUGAACCUGCUGGGAGCGUGCACGAGAGGAGGCCCCAUGCUGAUGAUCACAGAGUACUGUCGCCAUGGCGACCUGCUGAACUUCCUGCGUGCUCACGCUCAGGACUUCGUUGCGUGCACUGUGAGCGUGGACGAGGGCGAGGCGUCCUACAAGAACCUGAACACUCAGCACGCCAGGCUGCGCAGUGACAGCGGGAUCUCGUGCUGCUCCGAGUAUCAGGAGAUGCAGCCGGUCCUGAGUCUAGGUGUGCAGACAGACGGCGUCUCAGUCGGGGACCUCAUGAGGUUUUGCUUCCAGGUGGCUCAGGGUCUGGACUUCCUGUCCUCCAGGAACUGUAUCCAUAGAGAUGUGGCAGCGAGGAACGUCCUCCUGACGGAUCGUCGAGUUGCAAAGAUCUGUGACUUCGGUUUGGCUCGAGACAUCCGCAACGACGACAGCUACAUCGUCCAGGGAAACGCCCGUCUCCCGGUGAAGUGGAUGUCCCCGGAGAGUAUCUUCCAGUGCGUCUACACGGUGCAGAGCGACGUCUGGUCCUACGGCGUCCUGCUCUGGGAGACCUUCUCUCUGGGUAAGAGUCCGUAUCCAAACGUUGCCGUGGAUACCAACUUCUACAAGAUGAUCCAAGAUGGCCGCCACAUGGACCAGCCGGACUUCGCUCCCUCAGAGAUGUACCAGCUGAUGAGGAGCUGCUGGGCCCUGGAGCCCACAGACAGACCCACCUUUAAGAUGAUUGGUCAGCUCAUCAGCAGGCUCCUCCCCUCCACCAAUGACACGCCGCCAAAUCACGAACAGGCGGCAUACAGGAACAUGGACGAGUGCAGAGAAGAAGAAGAGGAGGAAGACUCUCUGAAGAGAGGAGAAGAAGAAGAGCGCCGCCACAGAGAUCACCAUGACGACGGUGGUGAUGAUGACGAGCAGGAGCCGAUGAUGAAGAACAUCUACCAGCUGUCCUGAUCGUCCAAUCACAGCGUCUCGUUUAAGGCGUCUGAAACUUGUUAAAAAAACGUUCAACCAGAGUAAAUGUUGUUGUUGUUUACAAUCUGUAACGCUUCUAUAAACAGACGUUCUCCUCUGUGAUCAUCACCACUGUAACUUUUAUAUCUUCUAUUUUUACAGUGUAAAAAUAAAUUCAGACUAACAGUUUUCACAUUCGUCUCAUUCAUUCACAUUCACAUAUUAAAGCAUUUUGUUAUUAUUUAUUACAUUCACUUAAGUUUAUAAUUUAAAUAUCAGUGCAAAAAAGGUUUAGAAGUAAUUAUAUCGUUUAUAGUGUAAAUAUUUACACUGUAAA